AUGCUCUCCCAUUUGCGCUUCCACCGGAGAGGAACCUCGAACCCAACCUCGCCCAUUCCCGACCAGCAGCAGUCAUUCUCCCCUCUUAGCAGCAGCGAGUCACCACAAGCGCUCGACUCUGCUUCUCCAUUAGAUGGAAUCCUUACCUCGACCAGCUCCUCGGCGCCGACACUACCGCCAAUUACCAGAGUCACUUCCGCUGACUCCGACUCAAGACACGAACGGCAAAAUGGCGCCGGCGUGAUGCCAGAAAGUCGCCCACCACAGGCGCAGCGCUUAUCUUAUAAUGGAGACGUAGGGUUCAUUGGCGGAGUGGCAUUGCAAAAUUAUCGCAGAGACGUGGAGGCACAGCAGAAGGCAUCUCGGGCUGAAACUGGGGAAAGAGCUGUCGCAACUAGCAUUGUUCAUUCUGAGGAUACUUCAAGACGCUCACGACCCAGCUAUCUGGAACCAGGCUCAGAUAUUGUCAGAGACAGCCAGUUCAAACAAGUGACAUCUUUCAGCACACCGAUCGAUCUGCAAGCAUCUAACUCAUCGAACCUUGGUCGCCGCCCGGCUGUGGCGAGACUGCCCCAAGAUGCACCAAUCGUACUGUCCAAUCCGACGAGUUCUGCCAUCGUCGAGCCUCAGAAAGGGAAGAAGGGUCUUCCGUUCUUGAAGAAUCCCAUGUCAACUCUUCUGUUGAGGCGCAGAAAUAACCAGAAUGCCCCGGAUUUACGCCCUCUGCCACUGAAUAGCAAGGAUGAAGAACCGACCUAUGAUCCCCGCAUCAGAGGAACGCGGGUGCACGAUUUCAGCGCACCGAGGAAGCCAAGGGAUGUGUACAGCGGUGAUCCAGCAUCGUCGCGCUCUGUUUCUGACAUUAACCUCAUGUCCGGCAAGGAAACCCAACCCGAUGCAUCAGCCGUCUCAGUAGAAGCACCGAUACAGGCACGGAGGAGCGCACCGCAGUCGGUCAAGACCGCGGCUGGAAGUCAGUCUUCUACCCAUGCCCGUGAGCUCUCGAGCGGCCCAUCAGGUUCGAAAAACAGCUUCACGGACGAGCCACGAACGGUUACUGUUGGCGACCAAUUCGUCUCUACGGGACGGCAUGUCGAAACAGAUGACAAUUCUGCAGCGCGGCAAUCCCCUUCUGAGGUUGGCACUGUCGAACGAGCAGAGACCAGCCCGAAAGUGUCUUCAUCCAUGCGCACAACGCGUUCGAGAAAUAUUUCUUUGUCUGAAAUAUCAAUGUCUGCAAUCCCCAGACAUAUGAAGAGUACAUCUUCAAGAUUCAGUUUCGAUAUGGUCGGAGCAGCAAAACAAGAGAAGAUACUAGAGGAACGGCAUCGGCAACGAGAGCUUGAGCGCAAAACGGUUGACAAUGGGGGUUACCGGGAUUCUAGGUUUGACGACUUUGACGAAUAUGCAUUUGACUACGACGCAAUGAUGGAUGACGACGGACUGGAGGAAAGAAUACCCGGUGUCAAUGCGGAUUUUGACGAGGAAGAAAUACCUGGUGUCAAUGCGGAAUUGGAUGAGGAAGAAAUACCCGAGUCUUACGACUUAAACGACGAGUUAGAUCCUGACAACGAUCAGGAAAACUUUGCUGGUUUUGUGUUUCAGCGUUCCAAUCCUUCGUCAUCCCUCGCGAGUCCUUACAACAAUGGAACUAUGAUGACACCUAGGGAUGUCAAUGGCAAUGUCAUUGGAUUUGCUAUGACCAAAGACACACCUGGUACAUCCACGUUUCCUGUUUCGCCUCCGGCACCUGCCACGAGUCAAGGAGAGGCCAAUGGCGAUACGGGGUCAGGCUUAGGCAUUCGAGAUACCUGCUCAACCACAGGGAAUAAUAUCCACCGAACUUACAAGGACGACGACUUGUAUUUUGAUGAUGGAAUGAUCGGGUUCGAGAAUGAGUUCGCCGAGGAUCUUGCUGCAUCACCGGAUGCCGCUGAGCAACCAUUCGAUGAGUCCAUAUUUGACAAUAACGAUACAGACCAAUUUGGCCGGCCUGUUCCUGGCGCUUUUCAACAAGCUCAAUCACUGAGACGGGCCGAUCAACCUAAAGAUGAACAGAACCCUACGAAACGAGAAUCAGACAUGACCUCCCGCCUGUCAGUCCAUUCUGCUGUCUCGCGGUCGACAGCUCAUACGUCCCUUAGCGUUGACGAGCAAGCAGAAGAAGGGGAAAGUAGCCCUGUUGUGAAGAGAUCAAUCUUGGAGGGCGAGGCCGAAAAUUCGCAGGCUGUAAGUGAGGGUGCGAAGUCUGUGGCUGCGUAUCAAGCAGCCCUGGCCGCUGCCGCUUACAGAGCUGCUGCUUCAGGCAAGUUCCAGAGAAGCUCCUCGCCUACCUCCGCUCCAGUCUUUGAGGACGACGAUCCGACCUUUGAAGCUGUUCAUGAUGAUGUUUACGGCGAUUAUGACGAUAUUGAUGACAAUUUUGACUUUGACGACGACGCAAUAAUUGCUGAAGCGAAUGCCAGCGCUUUGGCAAAUGACUCGGAUGGUUGGUACGGGCAAGAAUUUGGAUUCUACUCGGCCCCCCCUGUUGUUCAUCCUACCCCUCACAGCAGCACAAGUUCUGGACUUAAAGAGUAUGAAUAUUCAAAUGGGGGGUUUUUUGGCCCAGAAGGUAUAAGUGGCUUAAACAGAAGCACCAGUGGACGAAUGAUAUCUCGAGAGCCAAACCUGACCCCGAUUACGGAGAGGUCAGAAUACUCCAACCGAAAUUCAUUGAUGAGUCUGGGCUAUCCUCCUCUCAGCACAUCAACUCCAAUAGUCCAAAGCCCUGGCCUGGCGCAGUUAGCCAUGAUGGCAGACUGUGGAGAUGACCAAAUGACCCUCUCUGCACUUCUCCGUCUGCGAUCCAAGGCAUGGGGCGGCUCUCAAGCCAGCCUCGCUUCCAGUCGAGAAGGCUCUCCACGGUCCGAGCGUGGGGAUCCUUCCAGCUCGCCUUGGCAAUCAACAUCUCUUGGUCAGAGCGGCCAGGCAAAUUACGGCCAUGGCAAGACCCCUUCCGCCUUUUCGACCAUAAAUUAUGAUUCUGACGCGGCAAGUGCUUCGGGUAGCCCUACGAUGACCAUGGCGAAUGUGAAUUUUGAUCAAUGGCAACAACAUUCGAUACCUGAAGAAGAAGAUGCCACUCAGGCACCUCUGGGAGACGACCCUUCCAAUUCAAUCGCACGCGGGCGUGCUGCUGCCUCGGAAUCUGAUGAUGCAAAACAUCAAACAGUAUCGGGUGAAGGGUUGAUACGUCGAAGGAGUGCAGCUGAGGUAAACAACGGAACGGAUGAAUACAAUCGGAAUAAUUCGACCAGGUCAUCCAUAAAGAGUCACCGCCAUAAAGGAUCAGCAGACAGCGUGUCGUACGUGAAGGAAGAGGACAGCGGCGAAACGCGCUGGGUCAUAGAGCGACGUCGCACUGGGGAAUCUGGUGAAGUGGAAGUGCUUGAACGAGAAAUCAUUGAGGGAAGACAGAUAUGA